AUGAACAGAGCAAUAUUAUGCAAAAACUUCGGGACUUCAGAGAAAUCAGAGGGGGAGAAGAAGUCAACCGCGGAUGGAUCUGGAUCGGGCGCACGGACGUCGAGGCGGAGCUGGCUCGCCGGAGAAGAAGAGGAGGUGGCGACCGGAGUGGAGAGGAGGGAGAUGGCGGCGGGGCACGGGCGCGGGUGCCCGUGGCGUCGGCGCGGAGAGGAGCUCGGGGCCGCGGGGGCCGGCGACGCGGUCGGGCACGGAGGCGGCGGUGACGACCCGGCGGGAGGCGCGCCGGCGACAGGGUCCGGCGAAGGCGGCGGCGGGCUGCGACGCUCGGAGGCGCGGGCGAGCGGGAGGCCGAGGGGGCGGCGAUGCGGCCGGAUGGGCCAGGACGGCCCGCCCCGGGCCGAGCGGGCCGGCGGCGGCGGAGCGCGCGGGGGCGGCGCGUGGGACAGGUGGCGCUCUCCGGUUGGUCGGGCGCGGCGGCGGGUUUCGUUCGGCUCGGGCGGACGUCUCCGGCGGCGCGGGGUGGAAGAGAGUAGGGUUUGA